AUGACCGCUGAAUCCAAGGCUAAAGAGUACCUCGCGCAAGGUGAAAAGGCACUAAAGAAGACGUCCUUCUUUUCUUUCAGCUCCAAUUCGCAGCGCAGCGAAGAUGCCAGUGAUUUGUUCGAGAAGGCUGGCAAUCAGUUUAAAAUUGCCAAGAAUUGGCAAAUGGCUGCUGAAGCUUACGAGAAAUGUGCACGGUGUCAAACUCGUAUGAAGGAAAACUCGCGUGCUGCUCAAUUUUACCAGCAGGCAGCAGAGGCUUUAUCCAAAGUAAAUGCUUUGGAUGCCAUGAUGCACUACAAGACGGCUAUCUCGAUGCUUUGUGAUGCAGGCAGAUUCUCAAAUGCUGCCAAGCUGCAAAAGAAGGUUGGCGAGAUCUACGAGCAGCAGAACAACAAGGAAGAAGCUCUGGAAGCCUAUCGCCAGGCUGCUGAUUACUUUUCUGGAGAGAACCAGUCGUCUUCGGCUAACAGUAUGCUGUUGAAGGUGGCGCAGUUCUCGGCCGAGCUGGAAAAGUUUGAAGCAGCGCUGGAAAUCUACGAGGACAUUGCCAAGUCCUCCAUGGAGUCGAGUCUGCUUAAGUUUAACGCAAAGAACCACCUGCUGAACGCUGGCAUCUGUGCACUCGCUACCAAGGAUACGGUGCUGGUGCAGAUGAAAUGGGACGAAUUCCAAGAUAUCGACUAUACUUUCGCAGACAGCCGUGAGGGCAGGUUCUUGCAGCAGAUGAACCAGAGUUACGAGGCUUUCAACGCUGACGCAUUUGCGGAUGCCGUGUUUCAGUUCGAUACGAUCUCCAAGAUCGAGCCGUGGAAGAUCUCGCUGCUACUGCGCAUCAAGGAGGGCAUCCAGGGUGAAGUCGACGUGACGCAGGACCUGACUUGA